AUCUUCUUAUUCUUCGUCUUCUUAGAUAGAGAGAGUUAGUGUGAGGGAUCUCCAUUGAAGAGCACCAUUGUAACCUCUUGAAACAUUGGAUAGUGGAUUCGGCUUGUGAGGAGCAAUACCUCACCGAGACGUACCUCAAAGUUGCGGUUUGCAACAGAGGGAACUCGUAAAUCUCUUGUGUCCUUAGUUUAUGUUUUAUCACGUAAUCGCAAUAAUCGAAGAAAGCAAAUCAGUGUGAAAUUGAGUCUGAUUUCCAACAGUGAUGUUGGUUAUUCAAAAUCUGGGUUUUGGUUAUUCAUAAUUGUUGUUAUUAACUUGAUUAAACAAGAACAGAGGUAUUGUUUAUGAACAAAGGUUUCUCUUGAGGAUUGUACCUUGAACAAUGAAGAAGCUUUCACUUUCUAGGAAUGCUCUCUGCUCAAAGUGUAACGACAUGGGGACUUGGGAUGACUAUAUGGCUUAUAGACGAAGGAUGGACCAAAACCUAUUGGGAUCGAGUUCUCAACAGAUGAGUGACUCCCCUACAGAUGCUGGAGAACCGUCUAGAGUACCUGAGACGCCUACAAAUGGACAAAGCUCAACGGAUCCAGCAGAUUUAUUGACUCUGGACCAAUUGCUUCGAUCUGCAGGCCGUGCAAGCCUAAAAAAACUUGAUCCGAGAAGAAUGAAUGGUGAUGGAUGGUUUGAAUACACCAAGGGGAUUACUAAGGCUGUGAAAAAAAUUGUGGAGAGCGAUUUCAAAGAAGUGGCUCCUAAUUGGUCAACACUCUCAAGCGAUACCAAGUUACGUUGGUUCAAAGCAUUUGCGCAAAAGUAUAAUUGGCGUUAUGAGAUAACAACACUUGUUCAACAUGAGUUUGAGACUUUGUGUGCAUCUCGUUUGCUGGGAUAUGUCCAUGAAUGGAAAAAGGCAUGGAAGCAAGACAAGGGGAAGCCCCAAUGGAUGUUAAACUCUGUUUGGAUUGGUCUUAUUGCUUUCUGGGAAAACGAGAAAAGCAUCAAGAGAAGCAAAACCAACUCCAAAAAUAAGAAGAGCGAUCGUGGUGGCUUAGGGAUAGCUAAGCACACAUGUGGGUCAAUGCCAUAUGUCCGGAGAAGAGAAGAGAUGCGUGAUAAGGUGACAGGAGAGCUCCCAGAUAUGGUUACUUUUAUGGAAGCAACCCAUAAGAGAAAGUCUGAUGGUGUAUUUGUGUGCAAAAAAGCUGAGUUGAUCGCCAAAAAAUGUCGAAACAUGGAGCACCAAAUUCUUAGUCAAAGAGACAAUGAUGAUGGUGACACUUUGGACACUAACCAUCUUACACAAGAAGAAAUUGAUGCCAUUUACCAAGGGGAAGUUCAAGUGAAGAAAGGCAAGAAAUUUGGCUAUGGUUCAAUUCCGGAAGCUGAUCCUAGCGUUGAUGCAUCUCCAAAUUAUGAAGAAAUGUAUCUUGAGACUCAAGAAAAGCUCCAGAAAUCGGACCAAGUGAUUGAGGGAAUGCUGCUGAAGUUUAAAGAUGUUGAUUUUUGGAUUACUAUGAUGCAGAACAAGUUUCCAAAUGAAGUUCCACCUUCCAUGAUAACAACAAUGAACACCAAUGGUGGUCUUUGAAUUCAAUUAGUAAUUUGGUUUCAUUAAGACUUUAAGCAUUUAGGAUUGUUUUUCAAUAUUAUGUUUGGAUGUUUAAGUGU